AACUGUGCUGUUCCCUCUCCCCACACACUCAUAUAAAUGCACACACACCAAGUCACACGCUGUCUUUCACAUUAAGUAAUCAGCAAAGGGCAGACAGUUCUUCCCAGAGCACAGAGGGGCAGGAGGUGAAGGUAGUUGGGUUCCCCCUGGAUGCUGGAGCUCACUCGCACCCAGCCGCUGAAGGACAGAUUGUUUCUGCACAGGAAGGACUCACAGAGAGCGCCGCUAAUACCGCCGUCGAAUAAUCCAAAGUUCAGAAAAGCUGUGGGAAUUUGAGAGCUGAUUAUACUUUUGAACACAGUGCAGCAACAAGGCAGCUUUUUAAAAAAAAAAAAAAAAAAAAAAAACUUGUUUCUAAUCUGUUUGAAGAGUUUUUGUUUUAGAUGCUGUCAGUCACUUUACUGGACUGUCUUUAUGAACAAUUUUGAAUAUUAAGAGGGGGUCUAAUUCAGCAGAUUUUGUUGCACAGAACCCAAUAGAACCACCAACUCACUGGUGAUUUAAUAAUCAGGUGGUCUGGGCGGGGGUCUCUUCUAAAGUAUGGCUUUCGGAGACAUCCUGGAGCAGGUGGGGAGCACAGGACGCUUCCAAAUAGUUCACGUGACCCUUCUCUCCAUACCGGUCCUGUUGAUGGCCAGUCACAACCUCCUACAGAACUUUGUGGCUGUGGUGCCGCCUCAUUACUGCAGCGUCCAUGCAAACUUCUCUCAGUCCCAGCUGAGUCCUGAGGAAAAGCUGCUGGUCACGGUGCCGCUGGACCAGGCGGGGGAGCCGCACAGGUGCCAGAGAUACGUUGCUCCACAGUGGCACCUCCUGGAUAGGAAUGGGAGCUUCUCCUCUGAGGAGGAGCAGAGUCAGGGGGAGCAAGGUUUGGCUGUUGACUUGCAAGAGUGCAGAGAUGGAUGGUCCUACAACAUGACAGAAAUGACCUCUAGCAUUAUCUCUGAUUGGGAUUUGGUUUGCGAUUUGCGUUCUUUAAAGCAAAUGGGACAAACCAUUUACAUGGGAGGUGUGCUGGUGGGGGCUAUUAUCUUUGGGGGCCUUUCGGACAGGUACGGUCGACGGAUCCUCCUGCUCAUCUCCAACAUGCUGAUGGCCGUGGCAGGAACCUGCGCUGCCUUCUCACCUUCCUUUCCACUCUUCUGCCUGUUCCGGUUCGGAUGCGGCAUGGCUCUGUCAGGCCUGGGACUCAACACCUUCUCACUGAUCGUGGAGUGGAUUCCCACUCGUAUCCGGACCGUCACAGGAACCAUAACGGGCUACUGUUACACGCUGGGUCAGCUGCUCUUGGCGGGCAUCGCCUACUUCAUCCGGGAUUGGAGGUGGUUGACCCUGGCUGUGUCUCUGCCUUUUUAUGUCUUCUUCCUCAUUUCCUGGUGGUUUCAUGAAUCUUCCAGAUGGUUAGCUCUGAACAAUAAGCAUGAAGAAGCCGUCAAGACUCUAAAAAGUGUGGCCAGAUUCAACGGACGCCACGAAGAAGGAGAAAAACUUGACAUUAAAAUGUUACAAGAGUCGAUGAAAAAAGAGAUGUCGUCUUCAAAGGGGUCCUACUCUGUCCUGGAUCUGUUUCGCACCCCAAAAAUGCGAAAAAUGACCAUCUGCCUCAGUGCCGUCUGGUUAUCCACCAGCUUUGCCUACUAUGGUCUUGCGAUGGAUCUGCAGAAGUUCGGUGUGGACAUCUACUUGAUACAAGUGAUUUUUGGAGCGGUGGACAUCCCCGCUAAAGUGGUCAUCACCACGUGCAUGAGCUUCAUAGGACGCCGGCCGUCCCAGUGUGGUGCUCUCAUCAUUGCAGGGGUCACCAUUCUGAUCAACGUGGUGGUCCCCUACGAUAAACAGACUCUGCGAACAUGCCUAGCCGUGGUGGGCAAAGGCUGCCUGGCAGCAUCCUUCAACUGCUGCUACCUUUACUCCGGAGAGCUGUACCCAACCAUCAUCCGACUUUGAGCCUUUCCGGAGAAAAAGAGACGCACAAAUGUGCUUUCUAACAAAUGGAGGACAGUUGCAAUCCUUAUAUAAUCAGUACUGUAAAAGAAAACAAACAAAAUAACUCGUUUCAGCAGCAAAAUGUCUCAUAACUUCAAUGUUUUUUAUUGCACAAUUCAAGUUGUUUAACUCCUCCCCCU